GGCAGCCGGGCGAUGGCGAGGAGCCGGGCUGCUUACGAGUACACGGAGGCGGAGGACAAGAGCAUGCGGCUGGGUUUCCUCCUCAUCGCCGCCGGCUUGCUUUCCCUCUUGGGUUUGGGUUGUUGCUGGCUUCGCCCGGCGCUGCAGGAGCGGGGCGGCGGCGGCUCCGCCAACUGCACGGUGCUGGCGGUGCGGCAGCUGGGGGAGCGCUUCGCCUGCACCUUCUCCUGCGGAGCCGCCUGCCGCGGCACCGCCCGCUACCCCUGCCUCCAGGUCCUGGUCCGCACCUCCCGCUCCUCCGCACCCGCUCUGCUCCACGAGGACGAGCGGCAGCUCCGCACCAACCCCAAGUGUUCGUACAUCCCUCCCUGUGCAAGAGAUGAUCAGGAGAACUCUGAGAAUGUCACGUACAAGCAGAAAUACUGGAAAGAGAAAGUGGGUUCUCAACCAUUUACAUGCUAUUUUAACCAGCACUUGAGGCCAGAUGAUGUGAUGCUGAAGCGCACCCAUGAUGAGACUGUCCUCUUGCACUGCUUCCUCUGGCCUGUGGUGACAUUCCUGGUUGGAGUCCUCAUUGUGGUCCUGACCAUCUGUGCCAAGAGCUUGGCUGUCAAGGCAGAGGCAAUACAAAAGAAGAAGCAUUUGUGAGUGGCAGGGCUGCUGAUGAAAAAGAAAUAUCUGCAAGAAGGUCUCAAGUGGGGAAACUUGACACACUUGCAAGUCUGCGGGGCACCCUUUGCCUCCUUCCAGGGUCUGAUCUGAUGGUGGAGUUGCUCUUGCCUCAGGAUUGUUCUUAGAAGACUGCCCCAUGAAAUGCCAGCUAAUUGCUUCUUCUGCUAUGACAGUAAAUAAGUAUAUUCUACCAAAAAAAAAAUCUACACUGCACCGAAUAUGCUGUGUGCUGUCAGUGCUGAACUGCAGCUACCCAAGUCCUAGUGGAAUUGAGACAGUUUAUAAAACUCCCUGAUGAUGCUCAUUUCAUCUCUACAAAGUGAUCUUUGCUAAUGUUUAAUAUUAAAUAUUUAAAAUAUUUACUUUAGAUAGA